UCGCGAGAUCAUCUAUUGGAUUAUUCAUUCUACCAUGCCUACCUCCUCCUUCGCCUGCCGUGCAUUUCCCGCGCUCUCGAUGCUCCGUGCUGACUCCUCCAACUCGGCCUUUAUCGACUGGAUCUCGCCACCUUUGGCUUCGCCCCCCCGCGUCGGGAGCAUAGCCCCUACAUCUGACUCAGGCAAACCGGUGCCAGACCGCUGACAGUUCGCCGCUGACUCAGUUCAUCACCGAAUCG